AUGAAUAUCGAUUUUAGUCUACUUGAAGAAAUCGCGGAUUCGCCGCACAGUGCCCUGGACUCGGAUGACAUGGAUCGCCUUGUGCGGCUCCAAUCUGCUAAAGCGGACUUGGUGGCCCAGCGCGACGCCUUGGCUGCCAAAAAGCGCGAUCUCAUUUCGGGCGCCGCGCGUCUUCGCGAAACGUUGCACCACUACGAACAGCAGCAGCACCAACGGGAUACGCGGCUGCGUUUGGAUUACUAUCUCCGACAGAACGACGCCGAACAUGCGCAACUCGCCCAACCUGACGCCGCGGCUGAGUUUGUGUUGGAAAAUGCCGGCGUGCUACCGAGCAAGAACUGGGGCCGGCGGCUUGAACAGGCGGCGCGCUUUUGCCCAGGCGUAACGCUCUCGCGGUGCGUGGCGCGCGCGGUCCACGACGGCGAGGGGCGCCUUGUGAGCGAGCGCUGUUUUACGCUCAGUGCGCGUGGGCUUCCUUCUGUGGAUGUAUGCAUGCACGUGGCCGACAGCGCUGUUUUGCAGCUCUGGGUGGCAAAUUGGCUGCAAAUCGAGGCUGCUCUAUCGACCGUCUGCUCGUCAAUGGCGCUGUUUUGGCGCCGCAAUGUGUUACCUCAACGUAAGCUUGACCUUCUCGUGGCGAGCUAUGCAGCGUUAGUGCGCGCCCAUUUGCUGCGACUGGAAGCGCUCGCGCAGCUAGCAGCGGCAUAUCCCGACCAGAUGUCGCGCCCGGCGACGAGCACAGUUCCGACGUCAACUGACAAACGUACGACAACUGGCACACUUACGACAACUGGCACACUUACGACAAAUGACACACCUAAGACAACUCAAGAACCUCCCGCAGCUCAAACUGCGGGUAAUUCCCAUAGCCCCAAUGACCAGACAGUCCAGUUAAAGGACACACCAUCACAGCCUCUGCAGGCUUCACCCACCUCUAAACAAGAAAUAGAGCCUCCUAUCGUGUCUUUGCUCGAAUUGUCCAAUGCGCCUUACGUAGAGUGGACAUUCGGGGGCUCCCGCGUACGUUUGCUGUGGCGCAUGGUGUUAGCCAGUGCUAUCACGGGUGCCGUGCUGCUGGAGCUAUGUUUGGUCAUUGUGCAUCCAGAUGGAUCUGUUCUCGAUGCAGACGCGGUCUUCCAACGUCUUGUUGAAACAUAUGGUGUUGUUGAGGCAUUCAAAGUGAUGAUGCUCAAUAUGUUUGGUGUGUGA